CCAUCAAACUUGCAUUUCACUAAUAAAAAUGAUAUCUCUGCUCCAGAGCCACUCUCCCAUUAUUCACAACUUAUCUUCAUUUUAUUCCCCACAAAUUCCUGCAAUUUCCAGCUCAAAGCUCUCUUCGCUUUUCAAGAAUUCCCACAUUAGCAGAAGCAAAACAACCAUUAUUAGGAGGAGCGAGUUUGGCGAUGGAGUCGACCCAGUUCAAGAACCCUCCUUCUUCGACGAAAACGGCGUCGUACAGGACAUGGAUAGCUAUCUCAAUUAUCUCUCCCUCGAGUAUGAAUCCGUUUGGGACACCAAACCUUCUUGGUGCCAGCCAUGGACAAUUCUGCUGUCCGGAACUGGAAUAAUUACAGCCAGCUGGCUAAUUUUGAACUCAGUCGUGGUUACUUCAAUUGCAGCAACCCUAAUUUGUUUGUGGUGGUACAUAUUUCUCUACUCUUAUCCAAAGGCAUAUUCGGAUAUGAUCACAGAGCGACGGAACAAGGUAACAAGUGGCCAGGAAGAUACGUACGGGAUGAAAACAGGAAGACGAAGCUGAAGGCGGAACAAACCUUUUUUGGUCAGGAGGAAAAUCUGUAGUACUUUUCACAAGUAUUGUUAAUAUGUUCUCUCUAGUAACUACUGAUGAUAUUUUCUCGAAAUAUACUGUGUAUUAUACUAAUAAAGUUAGUAGUAUUUCUUAACAACUGAUGGGAUUUCGAAUUUCA